UUUACGCCAAGCAGCGAUCUAUUUAUCAUUACCAGAAGAAUUCUCUGCAAGUAAACAAAGCUAAAUCAGUGGCAAUGUCGCUUAUUCCAAGCUUCUUUGGUGGCCGGAGAACCAUCUCCGAUCCAUUCGCAAUGGAUAUCUGGGAUCCAUUCAACGACUUCCCCUUCUCAACCUUCCAAUCUGUUCCUCGAAACCAAUUCUCCACUGAAACAGCUGCAUUAGUCAAUGCCCGUAUCGAUUGGAAGGAGACCCCACAAGCCCAUAUCUUCAAAGCUGAUCUUCCUGGGCUCAAGAAGGAAGAAGUGAGAGUCGAGGUUGAAGAAGGCAGAGUCCUCCAGAUCAGUGGAGAGAGGAGCAAAGAGCAGGAAGAGAAGAGUGACCAGUGGCACAGGGUUGAGCGUAGCAGUGGCAAGUUCCUGCGCAGGUUCAGGUUGCCUGAGAAUGCCAAGAUAGAUGAGGUGAAGGCUGCCAUGGAGAAUGGUGUGCUCACUGUCACGGUGCCCAAGGAAGAAGUGAAGAAACCAGAGGUCAAAGCCAUUGAAAUCUCUGGCUAGAAGUUCUUGUUCUAUCAUACCGAUAUGUCACUUAUGAAAGGAUCUAUAAACUGAUAUAUGAAGAGAUAUCUAAUAAUGAUUUUAGGAGAGCUUCUUGUUGUAACUUUGUGUCUGUAUUGUAGAGAUAGUACAGAGAUAAUACAGAAAAUACAGAAGUUCUGAUGAAUCUGAUUUCAUUGAAAAA